UGGAAAGAUAUUCUGUGAUCUAGUGAAGAUUUGACCCGUGUGAGGACUGCACAACGUCUUUAACCAUGAAGCUGCUCCUGGCUGGACUCGUUCUGCUUCUGAUCGUGGAAACCGAAGCUCAGUUCUACAAGUUCCCUGUUGAGGCUGUUCAAGGAGCCUGGGACAUGGCACAGGCCUACCGUGACAUGAGGGAGGCCAACUGGAAAAACUCAGACAAAUACUUUCACGCCAGAGGAAACUUUGAAGCCGCGGAGAGAGGAGCAGGAGGACGAUGGGCGGCGGAGGUCAUCAGUGACACGAGAGAGUGGGUUCAGGGCAAAAUGGGUCACGGUGCCGAGGACACUGCAGCCGACCAGGAGGCCAACCGUUGGGGGCGAGACGGAAAUGAUCCGAACCACUACAGGCCCAAAGGCCUUGCUGACAAAUACUGAGGUCAGGAGUCACCGACCUGAAAUAAAACUGAUCAAGAACUUUCAA